AUUUUUUCUAAUUUAUCGAUAGUGAUAACAAUAUCCAUGAAAAAAUUCCGAAACGAAGGUUCGAAUGAAAUGUCAUAAGGCGUUGCAUCUUCUUCGUUAGAAUCCAGUAACCACGAUUUUAAAUUUGCUGACUUUUGCAAUUGUCGACUCUCGCUUUAUACAAAAUUUAUGUUUUAUCUCACUGCGUAACAGUGUUUCGAUAAUAAUACAAUUUUAGUCUAUGUUUAGCUAAGAGCAAAUAACUGAAUAGAGCGAAUAACAAAAGGUUCCAUCUGUAUACUAUGAUUUAAUUCCGGAGAAAUAUUUGACGAUCGUGUGGCUCAUUCCUAUACAUUUUGUGUAAAAUUCUAUUAAGUAAACGUUCCGGGUGGUAGGGAUAAAAGGUGAACUCGUUGUUUACACAACGAAGCUGACGAUCGUCAGCGAGAGUUAAGUCAGCAGUCACACAGAUCCAGUCCGUUUUUCAUUGACCGACUUACAUGCGUAAACUAUUGUUUGAGACUAUAUGAGCAUUUUGUAAUGUUUCGAAAACUCGAUUUAUGUAAAAACCUAGCUCAGUUUGAAAAGAAUUAUCCACUUGGGGCGUGGAAUAUGAUUACCACAAGCGACUUUUAAUAAUGAUAUUUACACUGCAGGGUCAUCCCUAGCAAUGGUGGUAAAAAAUAUUGCAGUAUCUGUAUUCGGAGUAGAGUACCUGAAAUCCCAUAGUGUUAAAGGCAAGGCUUCGAACAAAACCAAAAGUAUCCCACGACCAGCUAUCGAUCCCACAAAAGCUCUCGCUAUACGAGAUAUUUUUGAAUACUACUUGAAAAAUGAAAAAAACAUGACUGGUCAGGCAUUGAUGAUAGAAGUCGAUUCAUAUGAAGAAUCCAUUCGUCAAAAAAUAUCUGACCUCAUCCGGCCACCAAGACAAACAAACAAAGAUCUUAAAAAAAAGGAAGCGAUUCAAAAACAUAUUACGAAAAAAACUUCUGAACUCAAUAAAUCAACCAAUAUCGAUAAUACCAAUCCCAAUAUCCACGAUAAUCUACCAACUGGCUUGGAAAAAUCGCCGGUAGGAGAGGUGAGCUCUUCAGAAAGUUCCUCAGAAGAAUCUGAUGAGGAAUCGAACUCUGCUGGUGAAGACUCCAUGGAACAGGAAAAAAAAUAAUAAAAAAAAUACUAAAUCUAAUUAUUUUUUUAUCUUAUUGUAAUACAAGUUAAAUUUUAAA